CCGUGCUCAGCGCAAGCGACAUCGGUAUGAACGUGAACAACAUGGCGGACGUGAAUCCGAAAUUGCAGGAGGACGAUGAUAAAUCGGAAGAAAACCAACAAAGUAGCGAAGCAGAUGGGACUGACAACAAAGAAGUCUCCCAGACUGCACGUUCUGAUCAGCUGGACAGCGUCUCUGAGCCAGUAGAGAAAAAGAAAAUUGACGUUCUUCUUAAACCCACUGGCAACGCACCGAUAAUGCAAAAACGUAAAUGGGCAGUCUCACCGCAGAUGAAGAUCAAAGAAAUAAUCGAAUUUAUAAGGAAGUAUCUCAAGAUGGAGCAGACAGAAUCGUUGUUCCUCUAUGUCAAUCAAGCAUUUGCACCUCCCCUUGAUCACGACGUGAAAAAUCUGUAUGAGUGCUUCGGAACCAACGGAAAAUUGAUACUGCACUAUGCUACGACACCAGCAUGGGGCUGAAGUCAAUGGUAACUUUUGUAUAUAAAAGCUUAGUUUUGUUACAUAAAUUUACAUGUGCUCUGUUC